AUUUUUUCUAAUGGAUAAAAUCAAGAAACUCAACUUAGAUUCUGAAUAAUUUUAAAUAGAUCAUUUGAGACCUAUUCCAUCACUUCUAAAUGGGAGUAGAUUGUAUUGGAAUGAGAUUAGCAUGCUUAAUAAUUUAUAAUGGAAUUAUACACUUUAAAUAAAUAGUGAUAAAUUGAGUUAGGUAAAGGAAAUUAUAUAGAAAGCUUGUCGCACUUAAGUUAGUGAUUAAGAAUACAAGGUACAAAAAAAAUCUUUACUAUAGUUGAUUUAAGACUUUUUAGAAAACGAUGAAUAUUUAUUAAAGAAUUGUGGAUUUACAACAUCAAGAUUACCAGAUAUUAUAGAAAAUAAUGCAAAUAUAGUCCUCUUUUUCUUAUAGAAAAAUGUGAAAUCUUAAGAUUUCUAAGAGUAAAACAUUUAAUUAUUUAAGUUAUUUGGAUGUUUUUAUUACUAUUGAUGUUACUCCUGCUACGAUUGAAUUAAUUGCUAUGAUAAAUUAUUAAAUGAAAAUACCUCCUGAUUUCCUAACAUAUUACGUGCAUUAUUGUAUAUAAUAUUGUAAUAAUAUAAAAGUAUAUAAUAUUAUAAAAUCAUAUAGGAAAAAUAAACAUAAACCAAAAUAGUUAAAUAUGUCAGUAUAUUUAUUCGACACUUUUUAAAAACAAAAGCAAUAGCUAUCAAAGAUCUUCUAACAGAAGUAAGGUUUUUAUAUUACAGAAGCUGCAAGCAUUUUGCAUAGAAUUUACCAGAGUUAAUGAAGUAUCUUAACUUUUUAAAUCUGUCAAAGCUUUCAAUGAAUUAGGAGUAUGA